AUGGUUGAAAUCACGCCUUUAGAGUCCAAAAUAAUUAGACAAGUUGAGUAUUACUUUGGGGAUGUAAAUCUGUCACGUGACAAGUUCAUGAAAGAGGCUGUUAAAGAGAAUGACGGAUGGAUUCCUAUGGAGACAAUGAUUAAAUUUAACCGUCUAAAGUCUUUGUCAGAGGAUGUUGAGUUCAUAAAGAAGUCAGUAUCCAAGUCACAAUCCGGGUUGAUUGAAGUAGGCGAAAAAGGUCUUCGAAGAAAUCCUGAGAUGAAAGUUCCUGAAACACUUGAAACAGCUCUUGACAGCUAUAAAGAAAAUGGUGUCUAUGUUAAAGGCUUCUCUCCUGACGAAAAAUUGGACGAAAUUAUUGAAUGGCUUGAAAAACAUGGUGGGAAAACCCUUGAUGUGCAUAUGCGCAGAUUUCCACGAGACAAAAAGUUUAGGGGAAGCAUAUUUGCUAUUUUUGAGAAGAAGGAGGAUUCCGAAAAGUUUUUGGCUUCACAAGAGGCCGCUACUUUCAAAGAAAAAGCUAUGGUCCGUUCAACCCAAGUGGAUUAUUGGAAACGCAAAGAAGAAGAAAACAAGGCUAAAGCUGCUUCACAAGCCAAAAAGAAAGCUGCACUUGAAGCUAACCAGGAGGCUCAACUUAAUUCUCGAAUGAUUUGUGGAGCAUUACUUGAAAUUGUUGGUCUCCCAGAAGCCACAAAAAAAAAUGAUGCAGUUGAAGGGGAAGACACUACAACUGAAGAAUCAAAAGAGUCGUCAGUAAAUGGUAGUAAAGACUCAGAAGCACCAACAGUUAUGAACUUGAAACAGUGGUUAAACGAAAAGCUUGAUUCAAGUACUCCUGUGGGAUGGAUUGAUAUUGAACCAUCUGAGGGAAAAGCUGUAAUACGAUUCAAACAACCUAAUACAGCAGAAAAAGCAUGGACUAAAUUAAAAGAAGCAUUUGGCGAUAGUCCUGUUACUUAUUUAAACAGUGAAUUAUCAGGUCGCGUAAUUACUGGUGACGAAGAGAAGAAUCAGUGGAAAGUGAUUCUGGCAGCUCAGCAACAAAAAGCUCAGAAACGACGUGGAGGACGUAGUGAUGGAAGACAAAUUCGUAACAAACGACGUCGUACAAACUAA